GUUCCUGGCCCGGCCUGGCGGUAACCUUGGGGGCCUCGCUGCCACCACUGGCGCUGCUACCUGGGUGGGCUUUGCGAGUCUGAGCUUGGCCGGGUGGGAGCCGUUAGCUGCCAGGAGCCACCAGGUUUGCGGAGGAGGACGCUGAGGGCCGCGGGGAGCAGGUGCCCGGGCGCACGGCCGCCCAGUCGACAUGUCUCUAGUGGCGGAAGCCUUCGUCUCCCAGAUCGCAGCUACAGAACCAUGGCCUGAAAAUGCUACAUUGUAUCAGCAACUGAAAGGAGAGCAAAUUCUGCUUUCUGACAAUGCAGCUUCUCUUGCUGUGCAGGCAUUUUUGCAAAUGUGUAAUCUGCCCAUUAAAGUAGUUUGCAGGGCAAAUGCAGAAUAUAUGUCUCCAUCUGGUAAAGUACCUUUUAUUCAUGUGGGAAAUCAAGUAGUGUCAGAACUUGGUCCAAUAGUCCAGUUCGUUAAAGCCAAGGGCCAUUCUCUUAGUGAUGGGCUGGAUGAAGUCCAAAAAGCAGAAAUGAAAGCUUACAUGGAAUUAGUCAACAAUAUGCUGUUGACUGCAGAGUUGUAUCUUCAGUGGUGUGAUGAAGCUACAGUAGGGGAGAUCACCCAUGCUAGGUAUGGAUCUCCUUACCCUUGGCCUCUGAAUCAUAUCUUGGCCUAUCAGAAACAGUGGGAGAUCAAACGCAAGAUGAAAGCUAUUGGAUGGGGUAACAAGACUCUGGACCAGGUCUUAGAAGAUGUAGACCAGUGCUGUCAAGCUCUUUCUCAAAGACUGGGAACACAACCGUAUUUCUUCAAUAAGCAGCCUACUGAACUUGAUGCAUUGGUAUUUGGCCAUCUGUAUACCAUUCUUACCACACAGUUGACCAAUGAUGAACUUUCUGAGAAGGUGAAAAACUAUAGUAACCUCCUUGCUUUCUGCAGAAGAAUUGAGCAGCACUAUUUUGAAGAGCGUGGUAAAGGCAGGUUGUCUUAGAGUUAUAUGUUUAUUUAGUUAUUAUCAAAAAAAUCAAAGUUUUGAAAUAUGUGUUAUUUGAAUGUUAUAAUGUAUAUUGGUAUCAGAAUUUUAAAACCAAAAACAUUGCUUUUCAAAACCUCAAAACAAAUUAUGUAAUGUAUCCUAAAAACAUACUUUACUGUAUUUGUGUACACAUCAUUUGAUAUGUUAUACUCUAUACCUGGAAAUUUUGUUUUCUUGAAGUAUAUGCAUAUAAAAAUAAAGUUUAAAUAACUGUA